UUUCCUGGUAUGCUGUCAAGUAGGACAUGCGCGCGUUCAUGAUAAUUAUAAUACCUCAUAAUUGGCAACUAUAGUUAGUCCUACACGAGACUUAGUAAAGCUGAUUCAUCGGAUAUUGUACUAGUAAUUGAUUUUUUAAUUCCACUCAUUAUGAGCGAUAACAGAAGAUACGGAUAUUUACGGUGUUCAUCUUGCAAAGAGAAGUGGGAGAGUUCACAUGUUUACGUGAAGGAAGGAACGAAAAAGGUGGAGUUUGGACAAGAGUGUAAAAAGUGUAACAUCGUUUGUUUUCCAUAUCAUGUGGAACCAAUCCAAUGUUCUCUCUGUGGCCAAACUGGCUGUGACUGUCAAAAAGAAAGACAUAUUGAUCCAGCUAAAGCCCACAGAGCUGAUCUGUGUAUGAGAUGUAGAGCAGGGCUAUUCUGUGAUAAACGCAAUUAGUAGACGAAUACAUAAAACACGACCAAAAGUAUUCAAAAUAUUAUUUAGAUAGUAAUUUAAAGCUACAAUUUCAUAUUUUUAAGUUAUAUUUUUAAAAUUUAUCAAAAUAAAGCAUUAAGAUAGAUGGUAUCCAUAAACAGUCCUACCUUGUUAAAGAAUAAUCCUAUUAAUCCUAUAAUUCACUUUUGCCAGCUGAGAAAUUGGCAAAAAUAUAAUUUUCAGCUUCAAAUUCAAACGUUUGAACAUAGCUAUUCUAUGGAGGUAAUAGGAAAACAAGGGGGGUAAUUGUGUUAUUAUUUCCUGUGUCAAUGAUUUUUAAGGGUGGGAAAUAAUGCCCAUGAUCGUAUAAUAGUGAGUUGAUAACCUAUUGAGCAAAAGACAGAAAUAAUUAUGUUUUGACUUUCUUAGAAAUUAUGAAAUUCUCGCUUUAAGACAUCACCAACUAAAUUGUAACUGAAACUUGGAUACAACGUCAAUAUUUCGUAGCUCUGAAUUUACGAGGUCUUUUAAUAAAUCAAAACUUACAGUGCUUUAUUUAUAUUUUAAAUAUUCAACUUUACUUUUUGUCUUUAAUUUUGUUAAUGUGAUAUAGAUAUCAAAAUAUGAAUUAUAUACAUUUUUGAUACUCAUUUUUUAAUAUGUGAUAAUCUGAAACAACUGUCAAAAUGUGAAUUAUAAUAUAUAGAU